AUGUAUUCGUUCGCCCGCAUCCGCCGCUGGGAGUCCUUCGGCGGAAGACUGGCGAGCCUCACCGGUGGCUCGCUUCUUUGGACCAGCGCUUCCCUCCAUUCCUGCGUGUUCUUCGACCAUCCAAGGCGCACGACGCAGCAGCGAAGCGCGAAAGCCCAACCCUCUCCCCAUCUCCCCUCUUGUCCUCCUCCGCCUCGCUCGCUGUUCCCCCAUGUCCCAACCUGCAGCUCGUCGCUCCCCGAGGGGCAGGAAGACGGAACGACGGUCGGAGGACUCGCUCGCGAUGAAGAACCGAACAACGAACCCGUCGGUCUCCCCUCCCUGCCCGACGAGCUCAUUGCGCGCAUCUACCGCUCCCACAUCUUCGUUCCCAACUUGAACUACCCCGAGAUCAACGUCGCCUACCAGUGGAGGCUCACCUGCAUCAACCGGCGCAUCUAUCACCUUGCUCGCCCUCUCGCGUUCAACCACCUCGCAAUCAACGACGCCGACUCCUGGAUGCCCAGCUUGCUCGUCUUCCUCGCCGCGCAAGCUGUACCUCUUCCGUCAACUACCAGCUUACUCGUCCAGGUCGAGACUCAGACAAUACCGCUCGUGAUGGUCAUGGCGCCGCGGCUCCUCCCGAACCUCACAACACUCGUUCUGGGCAUUGGCUCGCAAGGCGAGGAUGACCGCUACGUCCUGCCACGCUACGUCACGGACGUUCUUCCGCACUUUCAGCAGUUACAGCGGCUCCAAGUUGAGGACUUUGAGAGCUUGGAGGACGAGGACUUCGACAUCUGCCGGCUGUCCAGCCUCAAGGAUCUGAUUCUCAAGCGGGGCGCUACUACCCAACUUUCGUUUCUGCGCCAUGGAGCGGACCUUCCUCUCCGCUACUUGGAACUCCUGCCAAUCGCCGCAGAGGACAUACCGAUCGACCUGGCGAUACCGUGGGGUCACUUGCGCUCUUUAACCCUGAUCCUCUACGGGGCUUCGGCGGCGUACACGGCCAUACUGGACAAGCUGAAGCUGCAUCUGACGACUCAUCCCGACCGGCAACUCCCCUUACACUCCCUUGCCAUCAACGCACCUUGGCAAGACCUUCUUGCAUCCUCCGUCAAGCCCGAGCAUCAAGACGUCGCCCCCUUCCUCGCCUUUCUCGAAGCUGCGCUUCGUCAUUCGGCCAUCAUACGACUCAAGAUAGACCACCUCACAAUCUGGCCGCUCCGCAAGCCUCUCCUGCGAUACAAGGCACUGCACAGGCUCCGACUCGACUUGUGUGAUCCUACACCCGACGAUGCAAAGCAACGAGAUCGCCUGCCAUUGACCGACAUCUUCUACAUCCUUCUCAACUUUCCAUGCCUCCAGUACCUCUUCCUCGACGCUACAUCCCUCCACGACUGCUUGGACGGGCAUCACCUCCUCAAGCAACCAACCCUCGCCAAUUCGCCUCACCUGCCGAUCUUCGAGCCGACCCUGUCGGCACUCGUCCAAUCCUUGCAGUCCACCACUGUCAUCUCUUUCUCCUUUCGACCGAUUGAACCUUUUGGACUCUUCACCCACCGCCAGUUGCGCUGGACGCGACGUUCACCCCAGGAACCAUUCGUCUUCAGUCUGUGGACGCUGGGUUGCUAG